UAUAUGGUUGACUAUAUGGUACAGCUACGUGUGAGUUGGUGGUUGUAGUGUGGAAAACACUUUUGAGAAGAAAAAGAAGCUAAUGAAGCUAAUGACGUUAGUCAGUCACCCCCUUGAAGAACACCCACCUAUAGGUCGUAAAUGAGUGCUGAAACCAGCAAUGUUGAGUGAGCCCAUGCAGAGUUCAUGUUUAUCCGGUCGGAUAGGAACAGUAAUUGACGCGGGGUUCUAGCGCGCGCUGUGUGAUGUGAGCUGUCCACCCGUGAUGGUGCUGAAAUGGGCUUCGUACAUGCGCUCCAGCCAUGGUCACUGUAUACAAAAUAGCUGGAUGAUUCAAAAGUAGUAACACAACCAGAUAUAAAAUGCCCGAUCCUCCACAUUCCAUGGGCUUUCUACGAUAGCUCAAUGAACCGAUAAGUUAAAAAAGGCAUCUUUAGUUAUUUAGGUGACUGGCGGACGUAGUGGCUGUGCGCUUCGAAUUUUUCUGUGUGGUAUGUGGAGGAAAAGUGUUGUUGGUCUUUCAUUCUAACACUAGCGCUCUCUUCACUGCGUGCUGAAAACUGUGGGUCGCGCGGACCGACGGCUUCUGUGGUGAUUGGUUGGCAUCGAAUGACAUCACUAACUCUCAUCUGCGUUAAAGUCCUUGAAAAGACGUCGAGAUCUCGCUCAACAUCUGGCGAGUCACAAAAACUCCGUCCAGUGAAAGGCUCAGUUUUGUUAUCAGUCAGGCGGAAAUGGCUGCUGUACUCGCGAGUCUCUCAGCAGCGGCGGGGGCCUCGUGUGCUCAGAGCGCGUGACGGGGAGAGCAGAGUAGCUGGAACAUGAGGACAGCACUUUUAAAAGGGAUAAGGAGAAACUACGCAGUGUGAACCAAUUGGAUUUUGAUGGGUUUUUUCCCCUUUUGCCUUGAUAUGCAUCUUUAAUAAUCAUGCAAAAUGAAUUUUACUAACAGCACUGGAGCGGACGGACCUGCGCCCUGGAACUUUACCGGUUCACUUAGUAACUUGUCAAGUAAUGAUAAUCUCAGCUGUGACAAAAGCAGCACCAGUGGGUCGUGUACAGCUGCUGAGGUCACUGGGAGCCCAUACAAGACCGUGGAGAUGGUCUUCAUUGCCUUGGUUACUGGAUCAAUCAGUUUUGUCACUGUGGUGGGUAACAUCCUGGUAAUGCUGUCAAUCAAAGUCAACCGGCACCUCCAAACCGUCAACAAUUACUUCUUGUUCAGCUUGGCAUGCGCAGACCUCAUUAUUGGUGUAUUCUCAAUGAAUCUCUACACCGUAUAUAUCCUGAAGGGCUACUGGCCGCUUGGCCCUGUGGUGUGUGACCUUUGGUUGGCUCUGGACUAUGUUGUCAGCAAUGCCUCUGUCAUGAAUCUGCUGAUUAUCAGCUUUGAUCGCUAUUUUUGUGUAACCAAACCACUAACUUACCCAACACGUCGCACAACCAAGAUGGCUGGUCUGAUGAUUGCCUCGGCCUGGAUCCUCUCCUUCAUCCUGUGGGCUCCUGCUAUCCUCUUCUGGCAGUUUAUUGUAGGGGAACGCACAGUGGAACCAGGAGCAUGCUAUAUCCAGUUUCUCUCUAACCCUGUGGUCACAUUUGGCACAGCAAUCGCUGCAUUCUAUCUUCCAGUGGUCAUAAUGACAGUGCUAUACAUUCACAUCUCCUUAGCUAGCCGUAGCCGUGUGUCAAAGCAAAAGCCAGAAGCUAAGAAGGAGAAGAAAGGUUUGAGGUCUGCUGGACUGCUGAAGAGCCACAUACUAAGGCAGAACAACAAUAAUCAGUCUCCUCCCAAGCCCAGCCUGGAUACAUGCAGCACAGCUGAAACUAUGAAAAAUGGACAGCUAGAUGAGUCCAUGGUCCCCAAUAAAGCUGAUGGCAACCUGCAGCAUGAGGAGAAGGAGAGCUCAAAUGAUUCCAGCACGGCUAGCAUUGCACCCAAAGAACCCAAGGAAAGAGCCAACAAUGAAAGCACCUCACAAAAAGGCCUAACAUCUGGUCCUGCCCCUAUUCCCAAACUCAACCCAGCCUCUAAAUGGUCCAAGAUCAAGAUUGUCACCAAGCAGGCAGGAGAUGAGUGCAUAACUGCUAUCGAGAUAAUUCCCCCAGAAAGUGGCACAGAGGGCCGCUCUAUCCCAAUCAAUCGGCCACGCACGGUGGUACGCAAGUUCGCCAGUAUUGCCCGCAGCCAGGUGAAAAGGAAAAGACAGAUGGCAGCCCGUGAGAAGAAAGUGACAAAGACAAUCUUCGCCAUCCUUCUGGCCUUUAUCAUUACGUGGACGCCAUAUAAUGUGAUGGUCCUUAUCAGCACGUUCUGUCAGUCCUGUGUGCCAGACACAGUCUGGGCCAUUGGCUACUGGCUUUGCUAUGUCAACAGCACCAUAAACCCAGCCUGCUAUGCUCUGUGCAAUGCUACCUUUAAAAAGACCUUUAAGAACCUUCUCAUGUGCCAAUACAAAAACAUUGGGACCAGGUGAACUGUAUCUACUCCAAUGGAUACCGAUGGAUAAUUGGGUUGGACCCAGUAUUCUACCCCAAUGUCUCUGAUGCACCAGAAUCUGGAAUGUAUCAUGUAGUAUCUUGUAUGAGGCUUUGAUACUUAGUGCAUUGUGCAGUUUCAUUCCAAAACUGUAACAAAAAAAAAAAAACAAUAAACAAAGAAAAAAAAUUAAAGGCUAAUACUACAGUCUGCAGACUGUACACUUGGUUGUAUGAACAUCAGAUCAGGGGAUCUCAUCUGCUGCUGAUAAAUAUAUUUGUAUAUAAUGUUGCUCUGCUUAUACGCACUGCCAAGUUUGUCACCAAAUCAUACAGUUUGCAUUAGUUGAGUGGCAGGACUGAAAAAAAAGGUCAUAUAAUGUUCAUUGGUGCAGAAAGAUAAUCCAAAACAAGCACAUUAAAAAAAUCAAGUUGUUUUUCAAACUUUGGUAUAUAUACAAAUAGAACAAUCAUAUUACUUUUAUUGAAAGUGUUAACAGUGUGUCCAUUCAUGCUAAGGACAUGUACUGAGAUGCCACUAUUUUAACUAUGUUUGAUAAAGACAAUGUAAUGCUGAAUAUUGAUGAAAUGUGGUGAGAUACGCUUUUCCUGGUUUAGGUCUCAACCUGCUGUGGUAAAGAACGGCAUAUACAUAAAUAUAUAUAUAUACAUAUAUAUAUAUAUAUAUAUAAACAGGCACGUCUGUAUGAGACAAAUCUAUGGCAUUUUUAACUAGGUGAGGGUGUGUGUGUGUGUAUAUAAUAUAUAACAUGCUUAAUAUAUACUCCUACAAAGUAAAUUUUCUUCCUGCAUUUUAUAUGUACUGUAGACUCUUGUAUUUAAUUAGUGAUUUACAUGUGAUUUCCCAAAGUAUGAAAUGUAUUGCUGUCUAUAACCAAAUGUAUCAGAGUUUUUCAUAUAUUAUCAUGCUAGGAGAGUUCAGGGGAAUAUUUACUGUAUGGCAGAAAGGUGAAGGGUGCUGCAAAUAUCUAUCGAAAAACUUCUCCUGCCCCUGAAGAACACAGCGAGGCUGAUGGUGCCAUUUAAAAACCAUCAAAAUGCUACAAUUACUGUAUUUCAUUUAAACACACAUUCUGCAAUUGAAAAAAAUAUGCCUGUGAAGUAUUGGUUUUCUAGCCAAGGUGCUUAAAUCUUAGUUAACAAAAGUUAAAACUUAGUUAAAAACUGUUAACAUGCUGGUGCUCGCCAUUUAACUGUAUCAGCUAGUGAGCUAGCUUACUGUAAUCUAGCAUGGUGAUGAACAAGCUUGGAUGGUGGCAUUUCCUUAUUUCGUAUUUGUUUUAUACUAGCAAUAUUAUCUUUUUUUCAUUUUAGCUGUCUAUUAGAAGACUUUUGAAACAUUAUUUAGCCUUAUAACCAGCUUUGGAAACCAGACACAUUCACAGUUGGUCUUUAAAUAGAUACUCAAAUGAACAAGCUUUCAUUAAGGCACAAAUCAGAAAAUGUUUCCUGGAUCAUCCUGACAGAAUCCUGAUAUUUGGGACAUUGCUUGCAUCCAUAUAAGCAAUGAAUCCUCUUUAAUGCAUUCGUUGAAACAACCUGGUUUUGGUGCCUUAAAUAUUACAUAUAGGAAUUAAUUAAUAAGAUACAGGACAGACACCUCUUAACAGCUAACUAAUGUUUAAAUGCUUUAGCUAGAAAACAGCAAAAGAAAACCUUCAAUUUGGCUUACUCUCUCUAGAGUAGGACAGUGGUCGUGCUCGUUCAGAGCAGUGCGCAUUACUUGCAAUCAACAUUCAUGGCGCCUCUCUCCAGUGAUUUAUUUGUUGUUAUUUAUCUCUCCAGUUUGUUGGGGUCAUUAAUGGCUUGCUGGGAUGCAAAUGGAACAUUGUGGUCGCUAUAAUGUUGGAUAAAUAAAAAUGGGAAAGCUUUGUCUUUUUCAUUUUUUUUCUACUAAUGGUCUGUACUGAAAUCAUUGGGAUGCUCCAGAGCGAUAUACCAGAGCAGUGCACAAUAGUAGACAAGGCCUUUCCUAACAGAUUUCACUAGAUUUUUUUUUUAUAUUUGUUUGUGAUCUCAAAAUCCUCAAUUUUAUUUAGGGAUUUCUGUACAUAAAUAUUUCAAGUUGAUUUAACUUCUCUGACACAUAUAAAAAUCUGUUCAACUUUUCUCAAAUUGUUCCAUUUGUUUCCAAUCACAUGUGCACCUGCAUCUGACCGUAUCCUAUGGAGAUAUUAAAAGAAAUUCUAUUUUGCCAUGAAACAUGGCCAGCGCCUGCUGUAUGGUACUAUAUGUUUAGCAAUCGAUGUAAAACAAUGGCUUAAUUAAACAUAGUCUCUUCUUUAAUGGGGCUUACUCCAAAUGUAAAAUAUAAGGUAUGUGGCCAAGUUAAACAUAGUCCACUGGUGGUGUGGCAAAUGGAUGUAUUCAUGCUUGGUGAUUUUGAAUUAUCAAUAGAAAUGACCCCAUAAAUCUGAAUGGGUGUACAUAUAUUUGUAUGUGUAUUUUAAUGCAUAAACCUAAUAAAGACCUUACACUAACAUAA